UGACGGUGACGGUGACGGUGACGGUGGCGGCGUCGGGGAAGAAGUGGGAAAGUGGUAGCUCGGGGGGGUUGGUGAAGGUGCUGCGACGGAGGAUUUCAAGCCGUGCCCCCGGCGAGAUACGGGUCGCCCGUAUAGAUCUAUAUGCACAGUAAAAUUGUGGCGGCAGAGGAGCCCCGGCUACAACGCCGUCGUCAUCGUCGUCGUCGUCGUCGUCGUCGUCGUCGUCGUACUCGCGCUCGUUGUCGCGCCGUUGCUGUAACUGGGUCACACAGCCGUCCUUGUGGGCGUCUCGCGAACUGUUCUCCAUAAUUCCGCGAAAUUCCCUUGAUGCAGCGAAAAAAAGUCGAGACCCACCAGCGGCGGCGAGACGAGGACUUGGCGCUCUCGCCUGGUCGAGAGGCUCGCCAAUUUGGGACGAUAGAGGAAGUAACGGGCGCAGCAGCAGCAGCAGCAGCAGUAGCAGCAGCAUCGUCGACGUCGCGCGUCCUUCUCUCUCUCUCUCUCCCGGCGUCCGGUCCUCCGUCGCCUCCGUGCCGACGCGACAUGAUGUAUCGCGCUCAGUGUGCUCAUUGCGCAACGUCUCGCGAUCGAUAUGAUGAAUGAUGCGCUGCUAAGCUGCUUCGCCGUAAGGAUCGCGCUCGACAACACGCGCGCAACACCGUGCUCUCGCGUCUCGCGUCCUUCGGCAUCUGCGAGUCCACCGCGAGAAGACCGAAGCCAACAACGGACGGACAACAACGGGCCGCGUCGUGUAUGAACAUCGCGGCCAAGUGGCAGCGUGUUCACCUGUGCCUCACUCGUGUGCUCGCACGGCUCACACUUGGCCGACGCGAAGCUGUCGCUCGAGCUGGCGAGCUCUCUCUCUCUCUCUCUCUCUCUCUCUCUCUCCGAGUAUAUCGCGGCGUAUUCCCACCGGGAGUAUCCGUAAUGAUCGGCGCGGCUCAGUGAUUUGCGGCCGGGGAGAGAGCGCGAGUCGAGCCGAUACCGUGUCCGCGGUAACGAGCUGUUACGUCGUUACGCGGUUACGUAAAAAAAGAAUCCACCGACUGGACUCCCAGGGGGACAAUCCCGGCGGAAGGUCCACGCGAGGGCGGCUAUUACCCGCGUCGUGGAGUGUGAGUGGCUCCCGAGCGCGCUCGCGCGACAACCCCGUUCUGUUCCCCUUCACCUAGAGCGCGGCCGAGCCGGUAAAUAAUGAAACCCCGCGGUCAUUUGUCAAGCUCGCCGCGAGACGAGCGAGUGCUCGGGCGAGUAUCGUCGUCGGGCUAAACGGCACGAUUCCAACGCACGAGGCACCGACGAGCGUUCUUUUGCAGCGAAUGUCAGCGGGAGAUCACGUCUCGUUGAUUCUUGCCCGCGCGAGUCCCGCGUCUGUGCGUCGUCUUCGCCGAUGAAGCAACGCUGGUCACGCGGUGACUCCAGGCACAACGCCGAAGACUCUUGAACGUGUGUUGAAGAGACGCGAGGCUAAAGAAGUUGAAGAGAGGGAGAGAGGAGAGAGAGAGAGAGAGAGAGAGAGAGAGAGAGAGAGAGAGAGAGAGCGAGCGAACUUGUCGAUCAUCCGGGUCGAAUGUGCUCUCGCGCCUCGCGAUGCGAGAGUCGGCUGGUCACGCUGGCGAGCAGUGCAGUCUUACUGGGUGCGAUCAGCGGCGGCGCAGAUAACGGUGCCCGCGAGCCACGGCUUGGUGCGAGCGUGAACGCAUGAGAGCGGCGCGCCGCCGGGAGGACGUGCGUGACGACAAGAGAUCUCAUCUCGUGCGCGGUGUCGAAGCGAGUGCCGAGCGACAUGAGGCGACGGAACAACGGCUCCUCUUGCUUCUGCCAGGCGGCCAAGAGGAACGGCCGCGGCGGUUGCAACGAGACUGAGACGAACGAGCCACCCGGCUGGUGCAUCUACGUGGCGGUCGCGCUCGUCGCGGUCGGUUGCUACCUGAACGCGCUCGACUGCGACUUUGUGCACGACGACAUACCGGCGGUGGUGAGGAACCGGGAUGUGAUCGGCAAGGCGUCGUGGAGCAGCGUGCUCAACGACGAUUUCUGGGGCACGCCGAUGGAGAGCAUCAACAGCCACAAGAGUUACCGGCCCUUCACCACCCUGACGUUCCGAUUGAACUACUUAAUGGCGGGCUUGAGCCCGAUGUGGUAUCACGCCACGAACGUCGCCCUCCACGCCGCUGCGUGCAUCUUGGUCACCAGAGUGAGUCUCGUGGUGGCGGCGCUUCGGCCAGGAUUCGCGGCUCUCACCGGGCUGCUGUUCGCCGCGCAUCCCGUGCAUACGGAAGCGGUGACUGGCAUCGUGGGCAGGGCGGACGUUCUAGCGUGCAUCUUCUUUCUAUUGUCUUUCCUCGCCUAUCACGGCCAGCAGACGGCUUACGUAUGGUCCAGCGUUUGCCUGGGCGCGCUGUCGAUGUUAGCAAAGGAGACCGGCGUUACUGUUCUGGCACUAAACCUUCUUUACGAUCUCUGUCGUUCCUGGCAUUCAAUCAAGAGGUCUAUUUUUGAAGCCAAGUGGAACGACGACUCUAGAUAUUUUUCAAGACGCGCGGCGGCGUUGCUCGUCUCGUUUGGCAUACUUCUUGUGGUGCGGCUCGCUCUGCUCCAUGGUACUUUGCCGAACUUCUCCGCGCAGGAUAAUCCGGCUGCUUUUCAUCCCUGUUUCCACGUCAGAUUGCUGACCUUCUGCUACUUGGCAGCGCUCAACUGUUGGCUACUCCUGUGCCCGGCUAUACUCUCGCACGACUGGCAGAUGGGCUCCGUUCCUCUGGUCGCGUCCUUCUCGGACACCAGGAAUCUGGCGACUUGUAUAUUCUUCGGCGGUUGUUUGAUACUCACGUACAAAGCCUUCACGGACUUCGAGCAACAGAGGCAUCCGCCUCUUGUUCUUGGUUGGAUGUUCCUGGUGCUGCCGUUCCUACCCGCGUCCAAUCUCUUUGUCACCGUGGGCUUCGUCGUCGCGGAACGCGUCUUGUAUACGCCGAGUGUCGGAUGGAUCAUCCUGGUGGUCUACGGAAUGCAGGUGAGCUGGACGGCCGUGCCGCGACGGAGAAGCUGGAUCACCACGGGAAUGGUGCUUCUGCUGGCGCUGGGAUGUUUCAGGACGGUGCUCCGGAACAACGAUUGGACGUCCAGGGAAACUUUAAUCAAAGCGGGCUUGCGGUCCCUGCCCCACAACGCCAAGAUGCAUUACAACUUUGCCAACUUCCUCAAAGACACGUCGCAGCCGAACCUCGCGGUCCACCAUUACCAGCUGGCCCUCUGGCUUUGGCCGGGCUACGCCAGCGCGCACAACAAUCUUGGGACUCUCACGAUAGACGAUCAAGCGGAGUAUCAUUUUCUAGCGGCUAUUCACGCUCAACCAGGCCACGUGAACGCUCACUACAACCUCGGACGAUUGUACAGGAGGACAAACAGGACCGAGCAGUGCAUCGAGAUGCUGAAGAGAUGCGUGUCGUUGGACCCCGCGUACGCGCCGGCGUUCAUAGUCCUGGCAAGGAUCGCGACCGGGCCGGCAACGGGCGAGCUGCUGAGACACGUGAUCCACCUGCAGCCGCGCAACCCGGACGUCCUCGCCGAGUACGCACACUGGUUGUACGAGAAUGGCAAAUGGCUGCCCUCGCUGCGCUACUACUCCAGAGCUAUGGAGAUCUUCCCGUCGCAUAAGCCAUCGCUCAUCGGCACGCUGAGGAUCCUGAGGUUGCGAGGUCAGUGGUCCCGGGUGCACCAGCUCAUCAUCAGGUGGCAUUUGAUGUUACGGGCGAAACGAGGAGGCUUCAUCUACCGCGGCGAUCUGUACAUUCGCGCGUGGGAGCUGCAAAGCGAGUCUCGCCAGCGAGCUCAUCAGCAUCAACGGAACCUCUGCAUAUCGGAGAACGGGUGUUCGAGGCCGCGCGUAGCCAGUGUGUCGGUGCAGCUCGAACAAGACAGCAACAAGUCGGAACAGCUGCAACGGGCGCCGCGUUGCAACGUGCGUGCCUGCAGACAAGCGAGAAAAGGUAAGGCGCGCGUGACCGCGCCCGCCCUGCUUGUUCAGAAUCUACUGGAGACCCUUUAGUCCGCGCGAACCGGGGAACGGGUCUACCUCCUGCUCGUUCGCCAGCUGGCAAUCACGGACCGUGUGAGAUGAAGAGGAGGAACGCUCCGCAGAGCCUCGUCCGACGCUCGUCAGUGACGAAGACGGGGCUUUUGUGUGUGUAUGUAUGUGUGUGUGUGUGAGAGAGAGAGAGAGAGAGAGAGAGACAGUUCUACUAUAGUGGAAUAUCUGAAUAUUUUUCGUAUGCCGUGUUUAUGCGCAAUCGGGUCAUGCAAGCUCGCCGCGGCCCGUCACGGGUCAUUCACGAUAUCGAAGUGGAUGAAGGCACGUAAAUUCACGUGUCUUCGCAUUCUUCGCGACAUCGGCGGUGUCUCAUCAAUGUCGGACCACGAGGUGCGAUCCUUCGCGGAAACAACUCGGCGAGAGCAGAGCCGAAACGACUGACCGGAUCCAGCGCGUUACAGAGCGCUGACGUCAGGACGAACGCCGAUGCGCGCGAGACAAGGAUGAAGAUGAAGGAGUACGUUAGAAUUGAAUUAUACACGAAAUUAUUUUGCCACUUUUGAAUUUGUCGAGUAAGGAUAUUUCAACGAGAGAGGACCAAGGGAGAUUCGAGCGGUCAAGCGACGGAACGACCGCGUGUGCGAGUCGUCCUUCGCGCUCGUCGAUUAAACGCAAAGACGAGGAUGCGAUGCCGAGCUUUGUGUACGUCCCGGCGCGUGUCUCUCUUAUAGUUUCGGAACGUGAUAAUCGUAAUUGGUAAUGUAGUCGCAUAUAGUACAUGACGUGUUUCUAUAAAUAUUCGCUGUAUCUCGUGUGUGCUUUCAACGUUUUUGCGAUGUCUGUCCCGACAGAGGAGCGACACGGCGCUGCCAUUAUUACACGUAAUAUUAGAGGUAACCAGUCUUUUAUUAAACAACGCGUCGCCGCAACAGAGAUCGAAGGGGCUCUUUCCUCGGGAAAUAUUUUGACGAAGAAGCUUCGGCGCGACGGCGGGGUGAAGGGAGGCGCGGGUGCACACCGAGCGAAUCUAUGAUCCCCAGAGAAACAUUUAACGUGGCCGGUUAGCUGUAUCAUUCGCGCUAAAAAAAAAAAAAAAAUAAAUAAAUCGAUUUCUUUGUCGAAGCGUCCGCUUGAGAGCAUUCGAUAUGUAUUGUCAACAAACAGCUCAUUCACCGAGAUAUCGACGAACAUAGCACAUUCAUCGAGAUAUACGUUAUAUUUUUCCUGCCGCUUAACGCCGACAAUGGGAGUCGCGUGGUACGCGAGGAAACGAGAAGGAAGAAAAAAGGGGGAGGACAAACAAAAUCGUGGCGCCGAACUUUAUUUUUUUCCCACGACAAUGAUCGUAGCGCCGAGUGCAAGUAUGAAACGCGAGUGCUGUACAUACUUUUAAUACUCUUUCUCGGAUCGUUCUUUGUGUACCUCUCUCGUGGACACGCAAUUUUACGCACGUAAAUAUACGGUGCCAAUACUAGGAUAAUGAGUGUACCGCUAAUCUGCGGCGUUUGGUAUGGCUUUUGUAUGAAAAAAAAAAAAAGGGAAAAAGAAAAGAAGGAGUGGAGGGAAGAUUAACAAUUUCAAAGAAACACAUUCUUCGAUGAGCUUGGUAUGGCAACGUUUCGCUGCGAGUAUGUCGUAAAGAAGACUUUGCGAAACUUCUUUCGAUACUUAUAAAUUUUCGUUAUAAACUUUGUGUUGGCUGUGUAAGACGCGGCCACUCGGUGUAUAAAAACUUGCACGGCCGCUGUUUUAAUUACACCGCUGCGAAUUUCUUCAUCCUUUUUUAAUUAAACUGGAAGUUGCCGACGAGAUUGUACGAUAAUACAUCGACAUGGAGUAAUAAAAUUGCCGAGGGGCUAUUAGAGCUAAAUAAAAUAUUACCGCAGAUGUUUCGGACAGGCGAACGAAGACGGGAGAUCCUUUCGCGAUUAGUAACUGUCCGAGACGAGAUAAAUGAGAUAUAUUUCUGUCCGAGUGUUGACGUGACGCAUACAUGGAGAGAUUUCGUCUUCUUUGUUUCUUUGUUUCUUUUCCUUUGUUAUCCGGACGUCGCUUUACGAGUACUCGCGAAACUUGUUAAAACUUAAUAGAAGACCAAUGUACAUACUUGUAUACAGAAAUGUUACAUCGAAAGUUUGGCGAUGCUUAUUAAACUUCUCUAAUAUAAAAUCACUGUCGUAUGAUAACGUUCUAACAAGCCCGAAUAAAUAAAUUUUGGCUAUCCGAUUGCAAUGGCCAGAUGGUACUUUCGCGAAUUGCCGCGGAUAAUGGAAGAAAUGCAACGAAACGCGAAUGAGACCUAGACUAUAAUGGUGUAUGGAAAUGGCAAUGCAUCCAUAUGUAUGAAGUUACACUUUCGGUUACAGUGUCUUUCUUUGUGCAACUCUGCUGCGCGCUUGGCGUCCGCAGCUCCAACAUUUUUAUUCUGACAUUUCGUCCCGACGUGCUGAACGUUGAAUAAAGUGGCUAUCGUUGAACAAGAUACGUUUGACUCUCAAUUACUCACGAUCUCGAUUGCAUUCAAGUGACUUUUGAGAGAAAUAACGUAUAUUUUUUACCUAUUCUAAUGUGCAAAUUAUAUCAAAUUAUCAAACAUGUAUUAUCUCCUAUUAGCUCAACUUGACGGCCGUUUAAAUUGGAAGAGCAUCUCAGUUGAACUCAAUUAAUAAAGCUUGUGUAUAUAACGAAAUCACAUAUUACUCGUGCGCCCAGCGUUAAUCAGAAUCGCGUAAAUUUCAUGCACGCACAUUAUCAUCGUUUGUAAGAGCGGAAAAAUCAAGCUUCCCCUCGGAACCAUGCGGAUGGAGUUAUUAAAAUAGGAGAUCGUAGGAGUUGCUCAUUAAUUAAGGUAAGAUACAAAAUAAUGGAAGCUAAUGCGUU